AACUUUCAGUCUGUUCGCCACAAACAGGUUUAAUCGCAGCUGUAAGUCAGUGCGUUCGUAGUAUUUGUGCAGCAUGUUGUUGAGCGGCUCUCGCUGCAUUCAUGCGAGUGUGUAAAACUUUGAUUCCCGUCGCCCCCGGGGGGCUGUCAGGCGCUGAAAUGAAAGCACGUUUGACUUUGUUGGAACUUGUCGGAUGAAGCUGUGAGACUGAGGCUGGUGUGGGUAAAGCUGCUGGUUGACCCGUGUGUUCCUGAUCAGAGUACCAGCCUGUGACGGAAAUAUUCUUUUUAAGCUGUAAGGUUUGUUAGAAAGUGAAAAAUAACUUUUUAAACUUUAGUGAAUGUUUGAGGGGAGCUCAGACCCUCUGUGUGUUACAAAAACAAGAAGAAUCACAAUGUUUAAAUACAUGUAGUGUUUGAAGGGUUUCAUGUGUUCAUGUGGCAUCACUGUCCAAGUGUAAUCAGGUUCUUGUUAUGAGCAGGUUUGAAUCUCGUGUGUUUGUGUUGUGUGGACACAUGUGCAGCCUUUGCAGGAGGUUUUGGGGGGAGUGUGAGUCACACUCUGCCCCGUUAAUAGAUUCUCCUGUUAUAUCAGGAUCAUUUAUUUCCAAAAAGAUGCCCAGUCAUCUGAAGCAGUGGAAACAUCUCCCUCUGGUCCAGCGGUUUAGCAUCAUGUUGGUCUGGGUUUGCAGAAGGCUGCUGCUGAGAGGGCUGAGCAGCACUCAGACAUCCAGCAGCUGUUUACAGAAGCUCCUGUUCGGACCAGCCCGUCACUUUCUCUGGCGUCACUGAAACAUUGUUUUCCAAUCAGCUUCACACAUCAGCUGAGCUGGAGGCACCAGAUUUUGGCAUUGGUGACAAAAACACUUGAGGGCACCAUUUUUUAACUUUUCCUCCUUUAAGGCCUACGAGGAAGUGAGGUGUCGGAGCCAUGAGGGUAUCAGAUGCUGUCUUUGCAGGGUAACUGCUGUGAAAGCGUUUGUUUCAUCCUGAACUCUGUCGUUUCCUAAAUGAAGCCAAAUAAGUUUUAAUGCUCAGACACAACCAGAGAAUGAAAGCUGACAGCGCGAUCUCAGUGACGAGGCUGCUAAGGAUGUUAUUUUCAGAUAGGCAGAAGUUAAAAUGUCCUUAAAAGCUCUAAAACUCAAAGUUCUCCGAGCAUCUCUGACCCACAGAGUUUGUUUGUUUUGGGCCUGAAUUUAAAGAUGUUUUUGAGUUGAUGAUAAAAAAAUCACAGCAGUGAGGAGUUUAUCAGUCCAGGUGUUCCUAAUAGACCGUCUCUAAAUAUGUUUUAUUCUAAUAAAACCUUCAAUGUUUACUUUUCAAGAUUGGGAAGAAAAAACUAUCAGCGGUGCUUCAUAAUUCAGUUUAGGGUUUAACGUCAGAACCUGGAGAUUUUAAAAAUGUGGGUUCAGAAGAACAAGGAAGCAACCAAAGUGGAUUAUUUUAAAAGGUAUAUAAAGGUCGUACAUGUUGAUUCUGCUUCUCUUCAAAUGAGCCAGAGUUUCCUACGUGUGAUAGUGUGAACGUCCCGACACAGUCGGAGUAUUUUUAAAUGUUUGGAAACUCACAGGAUGAAUAUGAGGUGCUUUAAAAACGUUUUUAAAGCUGUUAAUACUUGUGUUUUAAAAACCUGAAGAAACAAUGACUUUAUGUUGGCGUAUAGAAGAGAUAAACAAAGGCUGGACUUUUCUGUAAUACCACUUUGUUCCACAGCAGGGCGCAGCAGCUCCGUGUAACCUUUAUUUAAACUGUCACAAAGUUGGCUUUGGAAACAUGCAGGACGACGGCCAGGAAGGCGACUCUGUUCAUCUGGACGUUUUCACUGAGAGAGACAUUUGUUCACUCAGCUCAGUCACUCCUUCAGCUUUGACUUGGUUACGUUGAGAUGAACAGAAUCGACUUUCUGGCGUUUCCUCACCUGGAUGUCUGAGCAGCAUCAAGACACGUAAAGAAGGAAUUCUGGACUUUUUCGCGAAGCAGAAUAAAAACUGAGACGUACUGUUGGCCCUUCCUUUUCUUGUAUUGUGAUAUCUUGGGGACUAAAUGUGCAGAUAACCUACUUUACACUGACGGGAAGUGGAUUUUCCCCAGUCUGACCCACUGAAGGUCACAGUGGGCUGUAUGUGUGCCUCCGUGUCACGUGAGGUGGCGUCCCCUCCUAGGACCUGGCGUCCACAUAUGUGAAUCACAUCAAAUACUACAUUUUGCUCUACAAGGGCCUGAAAUCCUCUUCAUCAGGUCCCAGUCUGAUGAAGAGAAAUUAAAAAUGCAUGCAUGGAAGAGUUCGGGUCUUAGGAGGUUAAAGGCUCUCUGCACUCGUCUCCAAGGUUACGCUGACUCAGGGCGCCGUCGUGUAAAAGUACAGCCCGACCCGUCUUUAACUUCAGUGAACAUCUCUUAAACACGACACACUGACUCGCAGUCCUGAGUCCUCAGCACUGUUGGUCAAGUUACUUGAAAAAAGUAAUCGGAUUACAGUAACGCGUCUCUGGUCCUCAGUGAGGUUAUGCUUUAGUUUUGAUGAUGCUGUCUGGGAUUGUGUCCUCCAGGUUUCACUUCCUGUCUUAGUAGUCGCUCUUCCUCGAGUCAACUUCCUGUCUUCGGUUCCCUGACUGUUUGUCUCACGGCUCUUCUCCGAGCUCCCUCCCUUCUUUUCUCUGUAUGAAGAGUCUCAUCCCUGUGCCUUCCUUUGUGGUUUCUGUAAACUUUAAACUUUUGCCUCAGUCCUCGGUUCUUCUCCCUCCAUCAGAUGACAGAUGGGCCACAGUGGUUUGUUUUCAGCAUUGAUGCUGGAAGCCUUUAAAUCAUUUCAGUUGAGGAGAAUUCAGGUGUUUUCAGUCCAUUUGUUGGACUGUUGGAAAACCUUUGAUGCCACCUCCCAGUUCACCAGUAAAACCUCAGACCUGCUUCAGUUUUGUUGAGGAUUGUUUUUCUACAUUCGUCCCAUCUGUUAAAAGCAAAGCCACAUUUAUCAGGAGAACAAAGAGCUGCGUCCUUUCUGCAGAGUUUUCAAUCAUUCUAAAGAGCUUUUUCCACCAGAGACACAAAGGAGAGAAACACGAGCUCAGAGACAUAUCGGUGUGCAAACAUGGCCUCGGGCGUGCAACACUGUAGUCCACUUCACUCAGUUAGCGUUGGAUGGACAGGUCGACGGCGGAGAGGACGGUCGGCUCAGGCGGAGGCGCCGUAAACAAAGUCUUCAGAAAACCACCAAAGACUGUUCGACUGACAACGCCAAUCUCUUUGCCUUCAGGUGGUCCAUCACUGGGUGUCAGUGGGUCAGGUGGUGGAGCUGCACCAGGAGGCUCUGGAGCGACCACAUCCAGCGAGGGAAUCAGCACCACCUCUGUAGGAGCUUCCUCUGCUGCAUCUUCAGGCGGAGGGUCUCUGGUUUCAGAGGUUAGGGAGGCGUCGGGGUCGGGUGACGAGUUCAGGGCUGCUGCCGGCUCCUCAAACAUGUCCUACAGUGCAGGAAGCGGUGGCAGAGAGGGGGCGAAAAGGGACGGAGGUUUGGGCGCUGUGACAGUUUCCACCGUGAACAAACCCGGCUACAGCUCAGGAAGAUCAGGGGAGGCGAAGAGGGGCUCCUCCUCCUCCUCCUCUGUGUUCGCUUCUUCACCUGCUUCAAAGGAGAGGAAGAGCAUCACCACCAUGGCUGCAGCGCUGUCAGAGGCCUUUGAAGAGAGCUCGAGUCCAAACUCCUCUCCAGAGUACAACAGGAAGGAUUAUGGCAGUUCAAGCGCACCAUCCACUUCUGUCACUAGAGGGAGAGCUCAGAGCCGAGAGAGUGAGAUCAGAGUCCGGCUGCAGAGCGCUUCUCCUACAGGAAGCUGGACGGAGCUGGACGACGUGAAGCGCCUGCUGAGAGGAAACCGCUCCACCGGCAUCAGCCCCACCCAGUCCCCUAACAACACGCUGCCCAUCCCCAAGAAGGCCAGCGUGGACCCGAGGACCCUGCCUGACAGCUCCGGUGCAGAUCAGUACGGCAGCCUGUGGAGUGGCUCGUCUGUGAGCAGCUACAUGUACAACCCCAACCACAGCAACCUGAGCAUCCUCUACCAGCCAGGAGCUCAGAACAACCUGACACUCGGCUCUCCGUCUGUGAGCGGCGGCCCGUCUCCGGCGCAGAACGGCAGCUCCGCUCCAGUGUACGGCGUGCAGAAUAACCUGACCACUCCCACUGCCUUUUCUCCCACUGCAGCCAACACACACAUAGUUUACGGCGUGCAGAAGAACGUGUCUGGAACGAGCACAGUGAGACCCAGCAGCCCCACCGGUGACGAGGCCUCGGGGAAAGACUUUAAGUUUGUGCUCACGGAGAAGGAGAACGCUCCAGUCAAGCCGACAGAGCGGCUCGUCGUGGCCAAAGACACCGGGAAGCAGUUCAUGUCUGCUGCACCUGCCAGUCUACCCGCUUUGUUCUCUGAUGACACCCUGAAGACUGAGAAACUGAAAUCCUUCAGCACAGUGGACAGAGCAACAGAAUCUUCGACCCUGAAAGCUGGGACUAAAGACAAAGCCACCUAUGCAGACAUCCAUAUAAAAGACAUGAAACAGUCCAGUUUUGGCUUGUGCUCCUGCUGCAGCUGGUGGCAGUGGCUCCUGGGCCUCCUGCUCAGCCUGUUGCUCCUCUUCAGUGUCCUUUUUGGACUCAUUGCUUUGGGUGAAGAAGUCAGACGCCUGAAAGGCCGCGUGGACGUUCUGGAAGCCAUCACCAGAUCCGCGUCAGUCAGUCACUUGACGUCUUCUGGCAACAAAAUCUCCGAGCGGGUGGAAUCCACAUACAUCGAGAAGAACGCCGCUUCCACCCUCAUCGACUCCGACAACGGGCUCAACCUGGAUGGUGCUGGCAAAGGCGGAGGCACGGGAAACAGCCUGGUCCAGGACAGGGCCACCCUGGAAAGACUCAUACAGCAGCUGGUCAGGGAUGAGCUCCGCUCAGGAUCUGUAAGAGAAACUCUGGCAUACUCACUGAAAGGAGAGCGAGGAGAGCCGGGCCCUAAAGGUGACCCAGGGCCAUUAGGACAAAAAGGUGAUAUAGGAACGUCUGGCCCUCCAGGUCUUCCUGGGCAGAUCGGGCACCCAGGUUUGGAAGGACCAAGGGGACCAAAGGGAAGUGCAGGUGAACCAGGUGCUGAGGGACCACAAGGUCAGAGGGGUCGGGAAGGACCGGUGGGCCCUCGAGGAGAACCUGGAUCACCUGGCUUUGGAGCCAAAGGAGACAGAGGAUUCCAGGGUGAGCCAGGACGACCGGGUCCCGCUGGUAUUGCUGGACCUGCAGGUCCAAAAGGUGCCACAGGAGAGCCGGGUGCCGCAGGAAGUCCUGGUGCUCCUGGAUCAAAGGGAUUCCAGGGGGAGGCGGGGCUUCCAGGAACCAAAGGGGAGCGAGGAACACCUGGGCUGCCGGGAAUCAAAGGAGACCACGGAGAGAGGGGACCACGUGGACCGGCAGGUGAACCCGGACAGCCUGGACCUCAAGGACCUCCAGGAUUAAAGGGAUCUAAAGGAAUUGCAGGUGACCCAGGUUCAGUAGGACUUCCUGGUGCCAGAGGACCACCUGGAGUUCCUGGAGAUGCCGGUCCCCCAGGCCCCCCUGGGCUGCAGGGACCCCCAGGUAUUGCAGGAAUCCCAGGCCAGCCUGGUGGUAAAGGUGAACCAGGAACACCUGGUAAAGUCGUUUCUCCAGUUGGCUCUGAUACUGUGGCCAUCCCUGGACCUCCAGGACCAGCUGGACCUCCAGGUCCUGCUGGAUCACCUGGUCUGUCGGGUCCAAUUGGCCCUGCUGGUAUCCCAGGACAACCAGGAUCUAAGGGAGAGCGAGGAGAAAAGGGAGAGAGGGGGCAGAAGGGGGAGCCAGCAGACACUUCCUCAGUGGUUGGAUCUCGUGGUCCACAAGGACCUCCAGGACCUCCUGGAGUACCUGGUCCUCAGGGUCCUCCUGGUGAGUCUAAAGAGGGUCCCCCAGGACCCAGAGGUCCUCCUGGAGAGCCAGGUAUCGGCGAACCUGGACCUCCAGGCGAGAAAGGAGCGCCUGGGAGCUUUGUGCCGACAUCAGAAACCUUCUUUGCUGGACCACCCGGACCUCCAGGACCCCCGGGGCAGAAAGGGUCACAGGGUGACCCAGGACCACAAGGGUACCAAGGUGAACCAGGACAACCAGGCCUUCCAGGAAGCCCUGGAGACCCAGCUGUUGGUUUCCCAGGUCAGCCUGGAACUCAAGGCCCACCAGGUCCAGACGGGCCACCGGGACCUAAAGGUGAUACGGGAGAUCCAGGACCUCCAGGAAUUCCAGGAGUCUCCGCAGGUAGCUUGCUCAAUCCUUGUCCCCCAGGCCUACCUGGACCGCCCGGUCCACCUGGAAGAGAUUGUCCUGGAUCGGGAUCACUUGGUUUGACCCCGUGCAUUGCAGAAUUCCUUAAGAGUGGUGGCAUCAGAGAGUACCUCGUUGGACCUCCUGGGCCUCCUGGGCCUCCGGGGGCACCAGGCACACCUGGACAUGCAGUGGACGGGCUGGUUGAUGAUGUCGCCAGCAGAGUCAUGGCCUACAUCCACAGUUCAGGCAGAGGUUAUGACGGGACCCCAGGCCCUCCUGGUCCUCCGGGUCCACCUGGCGCCGUCUCUCUCAGUGACAUGAUCAGCCUCUUACAGAGAGAGGACGUGAGGCGAUACAUUGCUGGUCCUCCGGGUCCACAGGGACCUCCAGGAGCUCCAGGCUAUGGCAGCUACAGCUUUAACACACAGGAGGUGGCUGAACGGGUCCUGAGUUUGAUGUCUGAGAGGGAGGCGCUUGCUGUCCCUGGACCUCCUGGACCUCCCGGACCACCUGGAGCUCCUGGUUUUCCUGGAAACUUUUUACCAGAUGGGUAUCAAACUUUAGUUGGCCCUCAGGGGCCUCCUGGUCCCCCGGGUAUCCCUGGCUCACAAGGUCCACCUGGCCCGGAAGGUCCACCUGGACCACCUGGAUUUUUUAAAUACAUCAGCUCAGACAUUCGUGACUACCUGCAAAAUGUUGCUUUCAAAGGUCCUCCAGGCCCACCUGGACCCCCUGGACCUGAGGGACCCCCUGGACCUAUCAGUGGGUUGGUUACUUUUGCUGACCAUCUCAACAGAGACGCACUCAAAGCUGAACUACAAGAAUAUACCAAGAGUGAUGAUGCGAGUGCCGCCAUGUUUGGAGUUCCUGGUCCACCAGGUCCUCCCGGACCCCCAGGACACAAGGGAGAGCCAGGUUUGCCUGACGACUACUCCAGUAUGGCUCUCAAAGUAACUGAUUACAUCAAAUCCCACGGUCUGCUCCAUGAUGCCAUGAGCCACUCUGAGCGCGUGGUUCAAGGACCUCCAGGACCUCCAGGAAUGCCUGGAGAGGCCCGAUUGGUUAGUUCCCAACAAAAUGUCAUGGAUGUGGUGGAAUACUUAAAAUCUCAUGGUGUAGUGCGGGACAUUAUGAGGGAGUACAGACAUGUCUUUCAAGGCCCUCCAGGGCCCCCAGGACCCCCAGGUCAUCCAGGAUACAGCCACUGGCUUCAUUCCCAUGGAAACGCCACAGAUCUGGUGGAAUACAUCAAAUCUCGUGGUCUCCUCCGUGAUACUGAACGUGUCAUCCAGGGACCCCCGGGGCCACCGGGACCUCCGGGUCCACCAGGAUACAGCAGACUGUUUGGUUCUGACACCAACGUUUCUGAUUUAGUGGAAUAUAUAAAAACUCAUGGAGCCAUCGUGGGGCCACCUGGGAGACCAGGCCAGAAGGGGGAGAGGGGAUUUCCAGGACUGAAAGGAGAGAGAGGUGAGCGAGGCCUUCCUGGACAUGACGUUUACAGAGGCCCAAAAGGGGACAGAGGAGAAUUCGCAGUGACGAGUAAAAGGAGGAAGAGGAAUGCUGGUGUUUGACGCCUGAGCUGCUGAAAGUAGUUUCGCUGGUGUUUUAACUGUAAAUGUGUUUUGAACAUGAAACGCAUGAAAUCAGGGACGUCGUAUUGACUCAUGUCAUCUGUGACGGUGGUCAGUGGUGACGUUACCAUUUCAUCUUUUACUCAUCAGACCAAGUAUUUUAUGUUUUUUUGGAGUUUGUGGUUCAAGUCUUGGGAUGCAUAUAAAGAACGAAACAGCACAACGUUAGAGAGAAACGUUUAUUUACAUGAAAAUGAAAAUCAGCACUACAGGCCUUCUAAAAACUAUACAUGUUAUAAAAUGUGAUGUUUUUUUGUUUGUUUUAUAAUCAACAUUCAGAAGUUAAGAACCAGAAGUUUGUAACUGUUUGUGGUGGACGAUCAGCUUUCGUACAUAAAUAACUGCUGAGGCCGUUUUGUAAAAGGUGCACAGCACUCCUUCACCGAGUUUAGUUUUUUUGUACAUAUGAUAUGAAACACCUUUGGCUAACUAAUAACAGCCAAUCAAAGAAGAUGAGAUGAUCAAAUGAACCAAUCAGAGGAGGAGAUGGCCUAAACCAGUCAGGUCCAAUUUUUUUAUAACAUUACAUCAGAUUUAAUAAUAAUAAUAAUAAAAAAACUGCAAAAAGC